CCCUAGACAGACAAAGCAGAGUGAUUUUGAACCAUGAUAUGUUCACCACUUUUUCCCAUAUGCAACUGCAUAGAGAUGAUGCUUAACCAGACAGCAGGAAAUGUUGUGACCACCAAAAUAUUUAACAAGUCUGCACAUUAAUAUUAUUUAUCUGAAUGUCUGCCUGCAGAACACCUUUACAAACAUGGCUCUGUCAUUUGCUAUCUUUCUUUGUCUUGGCAUAGUUGUCUUGUAUAAAAUACCACAAGGUAUAAAUUCCGCUCCCCACAGUUGCUGUCGAUCAGUGACAAAUAAAACAAUUCCAAUUAAUAAUCUGGUCAGCUUCACUAUUCAGAAAAGUGAUGGUCAAUGCAGGAUCGCGGCUAUUGUAUUCGUCACAAAUCGCAGAAAAAAAAUUUGUGGAGAUCCUAGUGAUAAAGUGGUAGAAAAAGCAAUGAAACGUUUACAAAAGAAGAAAAACACAAAGCUCUGUGGAAAUCCUAAAAAAAAACAGGCAAAGAAAAAGGAAAUGAAAGUGGCACAAACAAAAAAAGGUGCAUGACAUAGAUCUGCAAUAAUCAAAAUGGCAGACUUAAAUCUGAUAAAUAAGUUGUUUUUUAGAGUUCACGCUGAAAUUGUUGUUUAUCAUGAGUGGUAAUUUUCAUGCCACAUGACAACUUCAUGAUGUUGUUCAGGAUUCAGUUUCCCAUAAAGUAGAUUAUUGCUUGCUAAAAAGAGCAGCUUAUACAAAAGUUAUCCAAACCAUAUUUGCACUUUGAUGAAGCUUGUUAGCUGAGCUUGCUUAGGUUACUUUCCAAAUAAAACAAGUAAAUAUUGUAUAAUUCUUUUGUAA